UCCAUUCAAAUGACGAAGAGCGCGGCCCCCUUUCUUUGAGUGACAGGGUUCUUACUCCCCUCUCUCUGAAUUUGGAAUAUGGAUCCGGUAUCUGCUGUGGACAUCCCUUCUGAUGAAGAUGAUGAUGACAAUGCAGAUGCUUCUCCAUCAGUAACUCUGAGAAAGGGCGGAUCCUCCUCAACCUUCCCUUCUGAUGUCAUUGUGCUCAUUGAUUCCACACCUCAAAGGCCACAUGUUGGAUCCCUCUUCCAAUGCUCCACACCGUCUGUGGUGCCGGAAACCCCUCUCUCUGAUACGAUCGAGGAUUCAGUUGUGAAGCCUCCGAUUCUCUCUGCUCCUUUCUCUUCUGUGUGCUCCAAACUCAGGAGCCACACGCCACUCUCAAAAUGCUCUGGAUUUGGUGCUGCAAUCUGUUUGGACUCUGAUAAUGAGUCUGAAGGAGGUUCUCAACCCAUGACUUUGAAGGAAAAUAAGACAAGCGUUGCUGUUCAUUGUGUGAAAGAGCACUCAGACAUUAACCAUGUUGUCCACAAUUCUGGAAAUUCCCAUGUUUCAAGCUCUGAGGAAAAGCAUUCCAGCCCUUGCUUGAUAGCAAAGCAUGGAUACCUUGGCAGUGAUGAUGAACAUGAAGUUCAAAAUUGUUUUGAAACUCCUAUUGUGUUGGAAAAGAGUGCAUCCUUUGCAAAAUCAAAAUUUUCUGAUAAAUGCAGUGAUUAUAAGGUAUCGGAAUCAGUUCUAUUGAAUGCUAAUGAAGAGUCAAUCGCCAAUUCUUUUGGUGAAAGUGGCAGCCAGAUUUUCCCUAUAGAUGCUGAUUGUGUGCAAAUUCUAGACAGUCCUCUGCAUGGUUACCCUUCUCCUCAUGGGGCUCCCUUGUCUCCUCAGGUUGAUGGACCUCUUGGGGAGUCAGAAAUUGCUACGAAGGAAUUGGUUUCAGGGCCAACAGGGAAAGGUAAAAAGAUUGUGGGGGUUGAUAAUGAUCGAGGGGCUAGGAAGAGGCAGUUGAAAGAAGAAAAACUUCGUUUGCGGGAAGAGAAAAGACUCAAGAGGGAGCAAACGAAGUUGCAGAAAGAAGCUCUGAAGGCUCAAGCUAUAGAGGACAGAAAGCUUCAGAAGGAAAGGGGAAAGUGGGAGAAAGGAAAGUUUGCAUUAAAAUCUAUUGUCGCUGAAAUUGAUGCUAAAGUCAUUGAAAAGGGGUCAAUAGGAGGAUAUCUGCUCAGUAGGUUUGCAGAGAAAGGACUUACGUUUCGAAUAACUUCAAAUCCUAUUGAAAGCUCAAUUCUGUGGAAAUUGGAUGUUCCUGAUCAAGUAGCUAAGAUUUCAUCAUUGGGAUCAGUGGUGCCAUAUGUCUUACUCGUUUAUGAAGCAAAUGAUUUUUGCGACCUUGUUUCUAGCAAUGCUCUAAUGCAGCAUGUUGCCGGAGUUCGUAGACAUUAUCCAUCCUACAUUAUUUCCUACGUGACAAAUAGGUUGAUGUCAUACAUUAGCAAAAGGGAAGCUGUGCAGUACAAGAACCCGUCUAAUGCUGAUUGUUGGAGACGUCCACCAGUGGAGGAGGACUUGUUGAAGUUAACCACUCACUUUUUCCAAGUACAUUCAAGACAAUGCCUUGAUGAGGCUGAGUUAGCAGAACAUGUUGUUGGUUUGACAUGCAGCCUAGCCACUUGUCAGUUUCGAAAAAAGUUGACACGGCUAUCUAUUAGUGCUAAUGGAUCCCAUAUUCCAAAAGAUUUUAUUGACAAGGCCCUAAUUAGAAGCAAUGUAUGGUUAAAAGCCCUGGUCGCCAUCCCAAAAGUCCAACCUAGAUUUGCUGUUGCUAUUUGGAAGAAAUACCCAACGAUGAGAUCCCUUUUAAAUGUGUAUCUAGAUCCCAAUAGAACGGUUCAUGAGAAAGAAUUUCUGUUGAAAGAUUUGAUGACCUCAGGCUUGGAGCAGGGGAAGAGAGUGGGUGAGGUUUGUUCGAAAAGGGUCUAUAGGAUACUCAUGGCUCAGAGGGGGAGCAUACAAACUGAUGAUGUCGAGGAGGGAGCAGACUUUUUUGAGAUCUGAGCCUCCACUUCUGAUAAAAAGCAUGUCUGGGGAUCUACAUGCUGUUUAAUUAUCAUUGGAUUAAAAAGAGGAAAACAUGAAGCAUUCACAAUUAUUUGUGUUUAACAUCGAAUAAAUAGCAGAUGCAGUUUUUGGCUUUUUCCUUUUGUUGUUGUAAUAUUUGUGUAAUACUGUAUUGACUCGGUCAAGACAUUGUAGAGUUGCUUUGCUUGAGAAUAUCUUUGGUGGUAAAACAACUAGUUUUGCUAAUGGCUCUGAAGAACAUCAAUAAUA